GUUGUUGCUCACAAUGACCUUGUGGCAUAUAUGAAUAUAUCCCAUAAUUUGACAAUUGUUAGCGAUUCUUGCUACACAAUAGAAACUGGCAACAGCUUUACAUUGGUGCCGAGAAAUUGUGAUGAUGAAUUCUUCUACGUUUGUAGAAUAGAGAAAGGCUACUAUGACGACAUUUGGAGUCUGGGUAUUACCGAUUGGGCAGCUGGCACAAAAGGAAAAUGUUCUGCACCGAACGCAAAACCUGUGGCAGUUGGAAAAGAAAGAUAUGGUCCAUAUACUGUUAGUCCUUUACAUUAUCCAAAUCUGUAUGUCAAUUUGCACAUAGGACCUGGACAGUCUUCUGGUUCUCUCUUGCUGCGAAACACCGCACAGACUGUCGUUUAUUUCUAUUCUCCUCCAAUUGGCUUAACCAAUACAGGAUGUCGACAAAUGACUUUGGAGGUUGUUGACACCGUAUACAAUACUGCAGCGUACCUUGAAUAUUCUAGUACAGCCAAUGGUCUGGUUUCAACGAAAUAUUACGAGGA